GCUUGCUCUGAGAGGCAAACUGACAUGCUGUUCAUGCUCUGAGGCUUAUCUACAGCCAUCCACUUCGAAACAUUAUUUGGGCUACGCCUUUUCACCGCUGUCAAAUGAAGAUCCAGAGAGUAAAAGGUCAACUCUACUCGGACUCCUGUGUUCAUUGACAAAGGUUUAGCUUGGUGUUUAACCAGAGUUGCUACACUCUGCAACAGAACACUAUAGUGAAAAGGCGGCACUUGAUGUUCCAAAGUGUUGAAGAUGGCAAGCAACAAGUCGUCUGUGUCAAUUGCCAAGAGCAACGCAACAGCAGCAUCAUCUGCAAGUGCAGCUCACGCCAGAGCUAAAGCAGAAGCCGCUAAGGUGAGAGCAUCAUAUGCUAACCAGGAGGCUAAAUUAAAAUUGGAAAAGGCUGCUAGAGAAGCAGAAAUGAAAACAAGAGAGGCUCAAAAUCAGCUGGAAACUGCUAGAAUCGAGACAGAGCUGGAAGUGCUGACAUUAAAUCGUGAAGCAGAUGCAGCCAUUGCUGAAGCACAAGUGUUGGAAGAUGUAGCAGAAAUGAAUGGCAUAUUGGGAAAUGCGAGACCUGAGUCAGAAGAAAGGCUUAGACUGCAACGUACUAGUGAAUAUGUUAACUCCCAAAAUUAUCAGAAUCAUUCUCCCUCUGCACCAGUACCGGUCCCACCUGUUAUAUCUCCAGACCAGGCUGAAUCGCAAGUCAGCUUCAGAACAUGGCAUUCACCUGCAAGCAUAUCAGAACUCCAACUCACUGAUAACAAGCCCAAGCCUGAAAGUGAUGUUAAGGCACAUCUACCCGCACCAAACCUGUCUGAACGGACAAGAGUUGAGCCAAAGACUGACAUUAAAAGGACAAACCCUCAUGCGUACAUAUGUGCUCAGUCACAAACACCCCAACAUAUGCUUCCAGCUAGCGCGUCACACUCCCCAGACCCUCUGGCACAGUAUUUGGCAUGACGAGAUCUUGUUAUGUCAGGCCUGUACCAAUUUGAUGAUAAGUCGGAGAAUUUCCGUGCAUGGCAGUCCUCAUUCACCAAUGCAGUGGCUGAAGUCCAACUCACAGCAACACAAAAACUAGACCUCAUGACCAAAUGGCUAGGAAAAGAGUCUGGCGAACAAAUAAGGUGCAUACGUGCAGUGCAUGUGAACAACGCCGAUCUGGCUCUACCCAAGGCAUGGGAGAGGCUGUGCGACUGCUAUGCUGCUCCUGAGAUAAUUGAGCAGUCACUGUUCCAGAGACUAGACAGUUUUCCAAGGAUUGCAGACAAAGAUCACACCAAAUUACGUGAACUUGGAGAUUUGCUCAUGGAGAUACAAGGCGCUAAGGAGGAUGGAUAUCUCACUGGGCUAUUGUAUUUAGACACCUCCAGAGGUAUUGGACCAAUAGUAGACAGGCUUCCAUAUAGGCUCCAGGAAAAGUGGGUGUCAUCUGGGUCGUGGUACAAAGAAGAGAACAAUGGUUGCUUCCCUCCCUUUAGUUUCUUCUGUAACUUUGUGUGUCAUGAGGCAAAAAAACUAAAUGACCCCAGCUUUAUUCGUCAAAGCAGCGGCGCAAACCCCACAAAACCAGAAAGGUUACCUGUGAAGAGCUUUAACACCAACAAGUCUAUCACGGUCCACAAAACAGAUAUCUCUACAAUCAACAACGACCCUAGCAAGAACUGCCCACUGCAUGACAAACCACAUCCACUUAAAAAAUGCAGGACAUUCAGAAACAAGUCCAUUGAUGACAGGAAGGCCUUUCUAAAACAGAAAGGAAUAUGCUUCAAGUGUUGUUCUUCAACUUCCCAUGUUGCCAAAGACUGCAGAUCUUCUGUGAAGUGCUUUGAGUGUGAAAGCACCUACCAUGAUGCAGCCAUGCACCCCGGCCCACAACCUCAACCUAUCAAGGCUCCUCCACCGCCACGGGAGAACGGCGGGGAGGGAGAAGAUGGUCCUAAUGUAACUGAUGUUAGAACUAGCUGCACAGAGGUUUGUGGCUCCAGUCAGUGGGGUCGGUCUUGCUCUAAGAUCUGCCUAGCAAUGGUCUACCCCAAAGAUUCAAAGCACGAAGCCAUUAAAGCUUAUGUAAUCUUGGAUGACCAGAGCAACCGCUCUUUAGCCAGACCAGAGUUCUUUGAGCUGUUUGGUGUGAAGAAUGAACCGCUCUUGUACCAUCUCAGAACAUGCUCCAGCAUCAUGGAAACGUAUGGCAGGAAGGCGGAAGGAUUUCAGAUAGAGUCGUUGGAUGGCAAAGCUCUCAUCUCUCUUCCACCACUCCUUGAGUGUCCUGAAAUCCCAAACAAUCGCACUGAAAUCCCUACACCAAGUGCAGUUUUGCAUCAGCCUCAUCUCCAUCACAUAGCCAAACACAUUCCCGAUCUGGACCCAGAAGCAGAGAUACUCCUGCUACUCUGAAGAGAUGUGCUCAGAGCACACAAGG